CUCAGACAUCAACAGUCAUCUACAGUUAUCUCACUUUUACAUCUGCAAGAGAUCACAAAUCAUGAGGGCUUCAUCUGUGUUUCUGCUGCUUGGACUGACGGUCCUUAUGGCCUGGACCUCUGAGGCUCAGCCUGCAAUUCCCGAACCCUGUUGCUUCAAUUUCAUUGACUUUCCAAUCCCAGCCAACAAAGUAGUGAGUGCCGUGAGAACAGUUUCACGCUGUGCUGUUAAAGGCAUUGUGGUUACGACACCUAGAACCCAGUUUUGUGUGAAACCAGAUGAAGACUGGAUAAAGCCCAUAAUGGAAAAACAGCAAUAAAAACCACAACACAAUAAUGUGCAUAUAUAAUACUGUUUCUGCUUAAUGCAACUGUCCUUUAUUAUUUCUUCUCAUUUUUCUUAUCUUAUUUUUUCAAGUAUUUGUUCCUUAAUAUAACAGAGUUUUUUUCAUUUUGUGCUCAAUACGUGCAAAUAAACAAUAAAAAGAUUAUACCU